UGGUCAGCAGAAGAAGUCGUGGGCGCCUGAGAAGCAUGUCUCGCCAAUACAGAGGAAUUGAUAGUUUUUAUGUUUGUGAAUUUGAUGGUUUUUCUUGCCUUAAACGUGUUGAAUGAGACGAACGAGCUGUUGAAUUUGUAUUCUUUUAGAUAUUUUGUUUACUUCGAUCCGUUUUUGUUUGAUAGUUUUUGGAAACAUAUAUUAUAUGGAUUUCGCAAAUCUUUUUUGCAAAUUGUCUUCGACUGAAGAGGGUUCCAGAAGAGCAGGACCACCUGCCUUCACGACCAGGGACUCGAGGGGCUGCAAGAGAAGAGGCGGCAGACAGAGCUUUCAACCUGAAUCCAGUUUGUCUAAAAAGCUGAAGAAUGACCACGGAAAUGGACAGGAUUAUGAGUACAGGACCAGUGAAGGACCCAAAAGAGGACAAACAAACCGUGGAAGAGGCCGGCGAGACAACAACUUUAAAUCCCAUAUAGGUCAACAAAAUCAUCAGUCCAAAACUGCUGAUGGACCCAGAAGAGGGCAGAAGAACCGGGGAAGAGGCCAAAGAGGCGGCAGCUUUAGUGCGCCGGCGAGACCAAGGUUCAUGACUCAGGAGUUUAAGGAUCAAAACGCCCUGGUGGUGGAUGGACAGAUAUUAUGCAAGCAUUUCAUUUGGGGCAACUGCAUCAAGGGCGAUGACUGCCAGAUGGUGCAUGCUCCGGUCCACAAUGGUCUCAUCAAAGAAAUGUGCAAGUUCUACGUGGUAGGCUUCUGCUCACGAGGAGACAGCUGCCCCUACAUGCACAAGUCGUUCCCCUGCAAGUUCUUUCAUCGGAAGGGUUUGUGUGUCAACGGAGAGAAUUGCAAGUUCUCCCAUGACCCACUCACCAGUGUGACCGAGCCACUGUUGGAGGCUACAAUGAGGAUGGAACAGGAAGCCAGAGAGCGUCUAAUGAAAGUGGAGCAGAAGCAGCACACAGAUGUGGAGUCCCCUUCUGUGGAACAGAAGGAAGAGAACAAGCCCCUGGAUGUUUUGAAUCCAGCCAUGCCAAAGUUCUACAACAGCCUGGAACCUCACUCUGAGGUGGACCAUGCCGAAGAGCCAUCUGAGGACACUGAGGAAGACAAUGAUGCGCCCCAUUCUGGUGGCUCACCGGCAAAAGCUUCAGCGCCUGUAGAGCCAGUGUGUUAUUCAGUUGAAGCUGUGCUUGGACCUCGUCACUCUGUCCCCGCCCUCUUUUCAUACUCUGCAAGUCAGGUUCCACCGAGCUGCCCAGCUGCCCCCGCUCCACCCACACAUCCUACAGUGACAAACCUCAGCGAAGCUCCAUAUUCUGUUGCUGCAGUGCUAGGUACAUACAAAUCCCUUAGUAGCUUUUCGAACCCACCUUCCACUUCCCCUGUGGCCAAAGUCUGUGUUCCAGCAUCUUCUCCGGCUGCAGCUGCCAACACUCAGUUAAGCCCAGUUGAUAAGCCUUCAAAGGCAAGCUGUCUUCAACCACCAUUGAGGAGUCAGAGCAAGAUAUGUGAUGGCCCACUGACGCCCAAACAUGAUAAAAGCUUUACUCUUGGAGCCAAAAUGAAGACUGUCGUGGAUGUGUCGAGUCAUAACUACCCAUCCCAGAACCAUCAGUCAUCGCCCGAGACUGUGAGACGCCUUGAUCGACAACAGGGCUUGUGUGGAGGAUUCAAAAGCCUUUUUUCCAGCCCACCUGGACAAAGGGCUGCUCCCACCAAGCCGCCCUCCUCCGAAGAAGCUUCCCCGGAUUCCCCAUCCUCUCCAUCUCAGAGAGGUGCUCAGUUUAAAGACUGUGUCACCUUUCUGGUCCGAAAUCUAAAAACAAUUGAAACAUCAUGUCAUCAGCCUGACUCCCAGGAACCAGAGGCAGCAAAGAGGAAAAGAGAAGGUGCAGGAAUGGCUGGCAGGUGUGGCGAGUUUCAAUUCAAAAGUCUGUUUUCAGCCGCCCUCCCCGGUGCCUCCUCAAACACCCCCGAACCUGCAGAUGGUGGAGGUGGAGGAGAAGUUGUUGCUGGUACCUUAUGUGCCCUCUUUAAGACUUCUGCUCCUAUGGGACAUCUGCCAACAGCCUCCCCCAAUUCCCUGCACUUACAAUCAUCCAGAGCCAAAGCAACUCAGCAAGCAGCAGGAACUCACAGUGGAGAAGCAAUGGAAACAUGUGCAGUGAAGCAACAACUCUCCACACAGCUGGAUACUGAAGGGAGGUCCCACCAGCAGCUGCAGUCCAACACGUGUUCUCAACUGAAAUCUCUCUUCCUGAGCCUCAGUCCGUCAUCACUCCAGUAGGUGCGACCCUGGACUUCACCUGCUGUGGUGCUCUGUUGGAGGGACCAGACCGGAGACUAACACCUUGUGUUUGAUCAUCAGAGGGCAAAAUGUGUUGUGAACUACAGUUCCUGCAGAGGCCCCUGGUGAAAAAAACUCAUGUACUUCUGCCUAAAUUAUUAUUUGGAUUUUCUAAUUUGCCAUUUUGAAAAAUGUCUCUUGUUUUCACUUGUUGGUCAGCAAACCAAAGAAUCUUGUGCUUCUUCUGCUGACAAUAAAACA